GAACGAGCGCAGGCUUUUAUGUGACACAAGUGGAAAUUACAACGAGGAUCCGAGAAGCCGACAGUCACUGAUCAUUCGUAUUCCAGAAUUGUCGGAAUUUAGCCCGAAGCCCUCCGUUUAUUUAGUGAUCUAUUUAUUGAUUAAUAUUUACUUGAUUUUUAUUACCAGGCGAAACAAAGAUGAGCGAUACACUAUACUUCGGCCUGACGCUGACCUACUCUUUACUGAUCGCGGUCAACCUGGUUGGUAACACUAUGGUCAUUGUGGUUGUUGUGCGAAACAAAUCCAUGCAAAGGUCAAUCAACUAUCUGCUCGUGAACCUAGCGGCUUCGGACAUGACUGUCGCGAUUUUCGCCAGCAUUCAAUUUAUCGUCGAGCCGACGCUCUCUCGCGUUGAGCCUUUUACAGCGAAUUUCCUCUGCAAGUUCGUGACUGGUGGAACACUGGGCUGGGUCGGUGCUACAUGUUCCAUCUUUAAUUUAGUUGGUAUUAGCAUCGAGCGGUACUACGCCGUAAUUGUUCCACAUCGCCACUGCGGGAAACUUACUUAUGACAAGCUCAGGAUCUUUAUAUUCGUCAGUUGGACGUUAGGUCUUAUUUGGGCCAGUCCUGGUUUCUUUAUAACUACUUACAUAACAGAAUCCCAAAUGUGUGGACAUCACUGGCCGAAGGCGAUCUACGCAAAGAUUUACACCGUGGGAUGGUCUCUUGUGGCCGGCAUCAUACCCAUAGGAAUCAUGGGAUCAUUGUACUACCGAAUCAUUUAUCGUCUUUGGUUCACAAAAGACAACACCACAGAGGUUACCCAGAAGGCACUGCUCCGCUACAGGCGGCGCUUAACGAAAAUGGUGAUUGCAGUGACAAUAAUCUAUGCCCUGUGCUGGGGUCCUGAGCUCAUGAUCUACUUACUUGGCUUUCUUGGCGUGUUCACGUUAAAGGCAAUUCAUCACGGAGUAGCAUUCGCUUUCGUUGUGUUUAAUUCUUGUGUUAAUCCUAUCGUUUAUAGUUUUCAAAGUGGACAGUUUAGGACUCAUCUAUGGGCCUUAAUUCGUUGCCGAAAACGCGGUGGUCGAGCCAUUUACCCAAUGAAGAGUUUUUGAAAGUCAGGCACGGAAUUAACAGCGCAGUCCAAUCAACACAGCUAUAUGGCUGUACUACAUGCAAUUCUUCUCACAAUUGUAGAUAGUAUUCGAUUUUAACGAGUAAUUUCUC